AUGGAGCCCAUGAAUGCCACCAGCUCACAUUCAAAGGUGCGCGUCACUGCCAGUGUGAGCGCACCCGUCUUUGUUGCCGGUGGCGAGAUUAGUGGCAAGAUGGAGAUGGAUUGCAGGACGGACAAGGGUCUCGGCAUAAGCGAAAUGAUGGUAGAGCUCGUCGCUGUUCAAGAACUCACGUCGAGAGACCAUUCGGCAACGUCUACAUUUAUGCAUUCAAAGAGAAUCUUCCAGGGUCCUGGUUUGCCUCCUUCCAACGCCGUCUUUGCGCAUCCACAACCAGGGGCCCCGCCUCUGCCGCCAAACUACUAUCAAGCCAAGAAGGGCUGCACGACCUUUUUCUUCAACUUUCCGCUCCCUCAAUCUUCGCCUAAUUCUAUUAAUUUUGGAAACGGUCUUGCGCGCAUCUUUUACGAGAUCAGGGCGACCGCAGCCGUAUGGUGGAAGGGCGAGCGCACAUCUGUUCGCUUCAACAGAGAGGUGGUAGUCGUAGAAUGCCUCGUCGAAUCACGAAUUCCAAGAGAGCCAUCUACCCUUGUCGCCGAAGGUGGAAAGAUGGUCGUUCAAGCACAAGUCGUCGGUGGCAUCGGCGUCACCAGUCGACCAACUUGUGUCGAGUUGCAAGUCAAGAAUCACUCCCAUAAAAAGACUACUGGCCUCACCUUGACAUUGACGAGAACACUUCAUCUGCCAAAUAUCGGAUCUUCCAAGAAUCCAUUUCAGAUUACGGAUACAGUCGUGACUGUUCCAUUUCGUGGCGCCGAAUAUACCAUUGGCCCUGGCGUUGAAGGUGUCGCCAACUUGGUAUUCGAGGUCCCUCGUGCCGCUCGUGGUGUGAAAGGAGGGACCCGCGAGAUGACGGAUGACGGAAGUCAUCGUCACAUAGAAGCUCUCUUUGAUGUACAAACCGCGGUGACUGUGACAAUUGGCAUGGGAGUUGGCAGCAAGGAUAUCAAACUCGAAAUACCUUUGACAAUUCUACAUCCACUUGCGGUUCCCGAGCCAGCAUACGACCCAUAUCAGGCUCCAAUGCCCGAGUAUCUCCCCUUGGAGCCCCCGAGACCUCACUACGCGCUUCCUCCUACCUCUUCUGGACCCCCAUCUCCGGCAUCGUAUGGGACGCCUCCACUUCAAUACCAACAUGCGGCAACUCCCCCUCAUAUGUUGCCCUACAUCCCUCAGGUAUCUCCGGUUCCUAUGUAUGCACCGCAACACUAUAUUCCACCGCCUCAGCACUACGCUGUCUCGCCCACCCCUGGCCAGCAAUAUUAUUUCCCUCCACCGCCUAUACAAGUGGCCGAGUCCAUUGCUCGUCCAACGAGUGCGGUAGCGAUGGCAUCGCCACACUCUCUCAAUAACAUCGUUCCUGCUGCACUACCACCUUUACCGCCCAUGCCAUCCGCUAAUGGGGCCCCAGUUCCAGCUGCCACCUCUUCUCGCGGUCGAUCAGCUUCUCCUACAUCACAUCGAUAUCGAAUAUCGGGACUUCCUCCCAAUCCAGCUCCCCUUCCAUCUGCUAUUUGGGGACCCCCAGCUCAUCUUUCCCCCUCUACUGAGGUUCUAUCGCCACGUCCUAUGCUUUCGCCCAAGGCGUCUUUCUCGGGAGAGCCAGCUGCGAGUCCUGGACAGAGUGGGCGAGUAGCCGCACUAGAGAAGAUGGUAGAGGAGGAAGAGCGGGCGCGAAGAACGUCAGAAGACCAGCAGAGGGAUGAACCUGUAGCGACAUCCCCUCCGGUUCCACCGCCACAUGAAGAGCUCGAAGCCGCCGAGCUCGCAGCCAUUUUGGACAAAACCCUCCCUGUUCCACCGGCUACGUUUGCGAAGCCCAUAAGCAAGCCUGCCUCGCGGACUUUGGCGAACAUCUUUGAAGAAGGCAACUCACAAACUCUCGAAAGAUCGGAAAUUCUUCCAAAGACACUGGAAAAUCCAAAGCCCAUAGUGGCGAUGGCAAAUCUUGCACCUGCUCACGCGGAGGAAACCCCUAAAGUCUUGGUUCAUCCCGAAGCCAGCAAAUCGGAAGAGAAAUCUGACGAUGCAGGAGCUGCGAUGCGGACAAAGGCAGUGAAACGCAUAUCGGUUCAGCCCGCAGGGGAGAUUUCAUCAUCUCAAUCUGCAGUGGGUUUGGAUGCUUUGGAAAAACGGCUGAUCAAAGAGGUUGGAACGAGGAAGCCUGCUGCAGCGACACUCCAGUAUCUACGAGAGAUGGAUAACAAGUUAGACGAGGCUAUUCAAGAAAGGAACGAACGGCAGGAGAGGAACAAGAUUGAGGAGGAGAAGGACACUUCAACCCCAGCCCCUGCUGCGGAGACGGAGAAGCUUACGACAGAUAUAGUGGCAGGGAAGGAGACACAGGAUACGGGGCAAGCCCUUCUUGAGAGGAGAAGGAGGCGAAUAUCGCAUGAUCUUCGAGUCAAAGGCACUGUGCCGGAAAGCACUGACAAGGCGAAUCAGCGCAAGGGGCCAUCAAAGCAAGAAGAGGAGCAGAUCAGAUUGCGUAGGAUGGCCAAAGGUCGCGUUACCGCCUGGCUGGACUCAGCAGAAGUUGCCGACCCACCGCCUUUGACGGAGACACGAAUCGUUGAGCAAGCUCAAGCCGAGACUGGAGUCACUGGCGCUCAAGAGAAGGAAGAGAUCAAGGAGAAAGUCGAUCCAUCCAAAGUUCAACUCCCUGCUCGGACGUCUUCCGGAUUUUUGCCUAUUCGCCCGCCCGUGGCCCCUCGAGCGCAUCAACAGUUGAAAGCCGUUGCAGAAACUACCGGUGUGAGCUCCCCCCCUCAAGAGGCCCCACUCAAAGGGAUCAAAGACUGGCGCAGGUUCGACGAACCAAAGCCAGUGGCUGGUGUUGGCUACGACGUGCGGUCGGCAAGAGGUGGAAGAGGCGGAAGGGUGACGUCUGUGGCUGCUAUCUGGGCGGAGAAAGUCAACAGCGACGCUCAGGUUGAUCCCAAGAAGUCUCCUCCCCCGAAAGGAGGCGUUGCGCUUCCGCUUAUGGUGAAGAUUGGCAACGAUAAGCCAGCUCCGAUCAUGAGUAGCCCUGAAGCAAAGAAGGAGCCGCUGAAACCGCUAGCAUUGAGCUCAAAGUCACCAGCCACAUCGCCGACGGGGGCGUGGCUCAAAGUUGGCAAAGCAUCCGAGGCAGAGGCAAAGGAAAGAGGUAACCUGGUCAAGGCACCUUCUGUUCCUGCGAAACUGUCCUCUUCUAUCGCUUCACCUCUUCUAUCGUCCACAGCGUCGCUCGCGCGACCAAUUGGGAAUAGUCCGACGCCUCCUCGAGAGUAUGUUGCCACGUCUCCCAAAUUGGGGGGAGUCACCACUGGAUCUACGAACAUGACGAGAACGAACGGGAUGACGACGUCUGCGUCGGAACCACGACUCGCGCCGCCGUCGUCGAAGCCGGCUGGAGGGGCAAGCAUUGCAUUUGGACAAGGUAGACUUCGAGAUCUCAUUGCAAAGUAUCAGCAAGGUGCUACGACUAAUUGA